AUGACGCAGCUUUUCUGUUGGAUCCUGCUGCUGGUGGCUUUUCAACACUGGAGCCCAGUAAUGGCUGAUGUUUUUACAGAGAGAGAGAGCUGUUCCAAGUGCCACGUUGACGCAUCCUGUGCAGAGACUGAUGGAUCCGUUGUCUGCUCCUGCCUGGAUGGCUUCACUGGGGAUGGCUUCAACUGCUCAGAUGUGGAUGAAUGUGCCUUCCAGGGGGGCCACAACUGCUCAGCCAGCCACUGCGUGAACACUGUCGGCUCUUUCUACUGCAGCUGUCCUGAUGGCUUCCAGCUGACCCCUGAGAAUGUCUGUGAAGACAUUGAUGAAUGCAGCGACCCAGACCUGAGCUGCCAUCCCCUGGCCAUCUGCAAUAACACUCCUGGCAACUACUCCUGUGAGUGUCUUCCUGGCUACUCUGGGGAUGGACAUCAAUGUCACUGCUCCCCUGGCUCCUGUGGGCCUGGCUUAGACUGCAUCGCUGAUUCUGGUGGGACCAGGAUCUGUGUGGAUCCAUGCCAGAAAUACACCCUGCUGGAUGAGUACUGGAGGAGCACCACCUACAGGGCUGGCUAUUAUUGUGACAUCCUGAUGCACGGUUGGUAUCGUUUUGUGGGCAGGGGAGGCGUGCGCAUGCCAGAGACAUGUGUCCCUAUUAGUAGGUGCAACACCGCUGCUCCAAUGUGGCUAAAUGGAGUCCACCCAUCCAGCGAUGAGGGCAUCGUCAACCGGACUGCCUGUGCCCACUGGAGUGGAAACUGCUGCCUCUGGGAGUCUGAGGUGCAGGUGAAGGCUUGUGCUGGUGGAUUCUAUGUCUACCAUCUGACCUCUCCACCAGAAUGCAACUUGGCCUACUGUACAGACCCAAGCUCUGUGGAAGGGACCUGCAGUGCCUGUGGCUUAGACGAGGAUUGCAAGGCGGUGAAUGGGAACUGGACGUGCCAAUGCAAAAAAUUCUCAGAUAUUACGGAUGUUGCCGACCUGAAGCCUGAUCUGUCUUGUGAGGCCAAUUACAUCAAGGUGUCUUUGAAUAAGUGCCUGCUGGAAAAUUUGGGCUUUGAGCAGAUAUUUACAUAUUUGAAAGAUAGCUCCUGUACUGGCUUUGAAGAGAAGGACAACCAGACCUGGGUGUCAGUGGUAACUCCAGCUCAGGAUGGGCCGUGUGGAACCACGCUAGCGAAAAACCAAACCCAUGCCAUCUAUAGCAACACUCUCUACUUGUCUGACGAAAUCAUCAUCCGAGAUACCAACAUUAACAUCAACUUUCAGUGUGCCUACCCUCUGGACAUGAAAGUCAGCCUCCAAACAGCAGCCCAACCCCUUAUCAGUUCCCUGAACAUCAGUGUCGGUGGGACAGGGAUGUUUACAGUGAGGAUGGCUUUGUUCAGUAGCCCGACCUACACAUUACCCUUUGAAGGCUCUUCUGUUGUCCUCUCCACUGAAGCCAUACUCUACGUGGGCACCAUAUUAGAAAGGGGAGAUUUGACCCAGUUUGUUCUGUUGAUGAAGAAUUGCUAUGCUACCCCCAGUAGUAAUGCCACGGACCCCUUGAAAUACUUCAUCAUAAGAAACAGCUGUCCACGCACUCAGGACCCAACUAUUCGGGUGGUGGAGAAUGGAGUGUCCUCUCAAGGUCGAUUUUCGGUCCAGAUGUUCCGGUUUGCUGGGAACCAUGACCUAGUGUACCUGCAUUGCGAAGUGUCUCUCUGUGACGCCAAGAAUGAGCAGUGCAAACCUUCUUGCUCAGGGACCAGACACCGUAGUGGAGAUGCCAUCAACACAGCUCAAGUUCUGAACUUGGGACCCAUCACUCGGAGAGAUGCCCAGGCCAGUGUGCUGAGUGACAUCCCUAGCCGUGCAGGGUUCCUGACACCAUGGCUGUGUGUGCUCCUGCCAAUCAUUGUGCUUCUGGUAAUCUAG